AUGGGCGAUAGAUUCAUCCCCAUACGCAACGUCAGUAAUGAGUUUGAUAUUAGUUUUGAAUCGAUUCGGAAGACAAUAAGCGAAGGAACAUCUUUACGCCGCAAGAGCUCUGGAAGUGUUCAACGGCAAUUUAUGGAGCUUCUAAGUAUUGAGCUAUUCGGAAAUAAGCAAGUAGCCUCAAGAACUUUUCGUUAUGGUGGCCUCAAAGAAAAAUCAGAAAGGAAUUUCUUUGAUAUUCCUACAAGGAAUUCAUACUCUUUGUCUCCUAUCUCGCCUCAAUCACAGGACCUCUUGCUUCGUCCCCCUAAACCGAAAAGGAUAUUUCCUAAAGCUCCAUACAAAGUAUUAGAUGCUCCUUACUUGGAAGAUGACUUUUAUCUUAACUUGCUUAACUGGGGAAAAUCGAAUAUUUUAGCGGUCGGUCUAGCAAGUAGCGUAUAUUUGUGGUCAGCUAACAGCGGUAAAGUGGUAAAACUUCACGACUUUGGAGAAGCAAACAAUGUGACUAGCGUUUUGUGGACCGGAAUAGGAACCAAUAUCGCUGUUGGAACAGACUCAGGAUUUAUUCAUAUUUGGGAUACAGAAUGUACGAAACCCAUAAGGAGUUUGCGCCCCCAUUCGAAAAGAGUAGCAGCAUUAGCUUCCAAUGGCCAUACUUUAACAAGUGGAGGAAAGGAUGAAAUGCUGGCGCAUCAUGACUUGCGUAAACCGGAAUGUUAUUUGAAAAUUAAAGGCCACGACCAAGAAAUUUGCGGUCUUCAAUGGGAAAGUAACUUAGGUCAACUGGCAUCCGGCGGAAAUGACAACAAACUCGUUGUAUGGGACUAUCGUAGCACACGACCAUUGCAUACAUUUUUGGAACAUAAUGCCGCUGUCAAAGCGAUAGGGUGGAGUCCACACCAGCGAGGAAUUCUGGCAAGCGGAGGAGGAACAGUUGAUAGAUCCUUAAUGAUACAUAAUACACUAACAGGAAAGCUUCAAAAUCGGCUAGAUACCGGAUCUCAAGUAUGCAAUUUAGCAUGGUCCAAGACGUCCAAUGAAAUUGUUACUACUCAUGGCUACGCCAAAAAUCAGGUUUCACUAUGGAAAUAUCCAUCACUUUCGAACGUGGUUAAUCUUACAGGACACACGAAUCGUGUGCUUCAUUUGUCUAUGAGCCCUGAUGGUCAAUCUAUCGUUACAGGAGCAGGUGAUGAGACAUUGAGAUUUUGGAAGCUUUUCAACAGAAAACCAAAACAAGAAAGUUCAUUAAUUCGUUAA